UCUCUCUCUUCGAGUGUACCGGCGUGGAGAAACAGUGUGACUGGAGACAGAAGUGUCGGGCAGAAUAACUGUGCCACUGAUGGGUCUGCAUCUCACUGUGUUAUGUGCCAAAGUUUUGGGGUGCUGUCAGGUGAACAGCUCAAACAGCUCACAGCAGUCGCGUGCUAGCAGCCCUUUCAUCAUGGACUCCUCGCUGACCGCAGCCCAGAUCCGAGAGAAGUUCAUCGACUUCUUCCGUCGCCAUGAGCACCAGUAUGUGCACUCCUCCUCCACCAUCCCCCUGGACGACCCCACGCUGCUCUUCGCCAACGCCGGCAUGAACCAGUAUAAGCCCAUCUUCCUGAACACCAUCGACCCGUCGCACCCCAUGGCCAGGCUGCGCCGCGCCGCCAACACGCAGAAGUGCAUCCGCGCCGGAGGCAAACACAACGACCUUGACGACGUGGGCAAGGACGUGUACCAUCACACCUUCUUCGAGAUGCUGGGCUCAUGGUCCUUUGGGGACUACUUCAAGCAACUGGCGUGUGAGCUGGCUCUGGAGCUCCUGACCAAGGAGUUUGGCAUCCCCAUCGAGCGCCUGUACGUCACCUAUUUCGGGGGGCAUGCGGAGGCCGGCCUGGAGCCAGACCUGGAGUGCAAGCAGAUCUGGCUGGACCUGGGCAUGGAGGAGUGCCGCAUCCUGCCCGGCAGUAUGAAGGAUAACUUCUGGGAGAUGGGGGACACUGGCCCCUGCGGCCCCUGCAGCGAGAUCCACUACGACCGCAUCGGGGGCCGCGACGCAGCACACCUCGUCAACAUGGACGACCCCAACGUGCUGGAGAUCUGGAACCUCGUCUUCAUCCAGUUCAACAGGGAGUCUGAGACUGAGUUGAAGCCCUUGCCUAAGAAGAGCAUUGAUACGGGUAUGGGCCUGGAGCGCCUGGUGUCCGUGCUGCAGAACAAGAUGUCCAACUACGACACCGACCUCUUCAUCCCCUACUUCCAGGCCAUUCAGAAGGGCACUGGGGCCAGGGCAUACACUGGCAAGGUUGGCGCUGAGGAUGAGGAUGGCAUCGACAUGGCAUACCGCGUGCUGGCUGACCACGCCCGCACCAUCACCAUCGCCCUGUCCGAUGGCGGCCGCCCAGACAACACCGGCAGAGGGUAUGUGUUGAGGAGGAUCCUGAGGCGUGCGGUGCGCUACUCCCACGAGAAGCUCGGAGCCCAGAGGGGAUUCUUCGCAUCCCUGGUGGACGUAGUAGUCGAGUCUCUGGGCGACGCCUUCCCAGAGCUGAAGAAGGAUCCAGACGCGGUGAAGGACAUCAUCAAUGAGGAGGAGGAGCAGUUCCUGAAGACUCUCAGCAGGGGGCGCAAGAUCCUGGACCGCAAGAUCCAGAGCAUGGGGGACAGCACCACCAUCCCAGGAGACACGGCCUGGCUGCUGUACGACACCUACGGCUUCCCCCUGGACCUGACGGCCCUGAUCGCAGAGGAGAGGGGCAUGGGAGUGGACAUGGAGGGCUUCGAGGAGGAGAAGAAGGCGGCACAGUUGAAGUCGCAGGGUAAGGGUGCAGGUGACGCGGACCACAUCAUGUUGGACAUCUACGCCAUCGAGGAGCUCCGCAACAAGAACACCCCCGCCACAGACGACGCCCCCAAGUACAAAUACAGCUCCAGUGACGCCGGCACCUACGAGUUUGAGCAGGCUGUAGGCACGGUGUUGGCUCUGCGUCGUGAGCGUGCGUUCGUGGAGGAGGUGACUACGGGGCAGGAGUGCGGAGUGGUGCUGGACAAGACCUCCUUCUACGCUGAGCAGGGAGGACAGACCUUCGACGAGGGAUACAUGCUCAGAGAGAACGACUCCGCUGAAGACAGGAUGGAGUUUACAGUGAAGAACACGCAGGUGCGCGGUGGCUACGUGCUGCAUGUGGGGACGGUGUACGGCACGCUGAAGGUUGGAGACCGCGUCAUCCUACACGUCGACGAGGCGCGUCGUCGUCCCAUCAUGAGUAACCACACCGCCACCCACAUCCUGAACUUCGCCCUGCGCGGCGUCCUGGGGGAGGCGGACCAGCGCGGCUCCCUGGUGGCUCCUGAUAGGCUGAGGUUCGACUUCACCGCCAAGGGCGCCCUCACCACCGGGGAGGUGCGGCGCACCGAGGAGAUCGCCUGCGCCAUGAUCCGAGACAACAAGCCUGUGUAUGCGCUGGAGGCCCCCCUGGCGGCUGCUAAGGCCAUCCAGGGCCUGCGUGCGGUGUUUGACGAGACCUACCCGGACCCCGUGCGAGUGGUGUCCAUCGGCAUCCCCGUGGAGGACCUCAUCGCCGACCCCAACAGCCCCGCCGGAUCACUCACAUCCAUCGAGUUCUGCGGCGGAACGCACCUGCGGAACUCUGGCCACGCUGGUCCCUUCAGCAUCGUGUCUGAGGAGGCCAUCGCCAAGGGAAUCCGCCGCAUCGUGGCCGUGACUGGAGCAGAGGCGCAGAAGGCCCAGAGGAAAGCAGACGCCCUGAGGCAGAGUUUGUCCGCCAUGUCAGAGAAGGUGAAGGCUCAGACGGUACCCAACAAGGACGUGCAGAAGGAAAUCGCCGACAUUACAGAGUCUCUGGGUACUGCGGUGAUCUCUCAGUGGCAGAAGGAUGAGAUGAGGGAGAGUCUGAAGGGGCUGAAGAAGAUCAUGGACGAUCUGGACCGCGCCAGCAAGGCCGACGUCCAGAAGAGGGUGCUGGAGAAGACAAAAGAGGUGAUAGAGAGCAGUCCUAACCAGCCCCUACUCAUCAUGGAGAUGGAGAGUGGAGCCUCCGCCAAGGCCCUGAAUGAGUCUCUGAAACUCCUGAAGAGCAGUUCUCCUCAGACCGCAGCCAUGCUCUUCACUGCAGACUUCGACGCCGGCAAGAUCAUCUGCCUCUGCCAAGUACCACAGGAGGUGGCCAAGCAGGGUCUAAAGGCCAACGAGUGGGUGCAGGAAGUCUGCCCCCUGCUGGACGGCAAGGGGGGUGGCAAGGACGUCUCUGCCCAGGCCACCGGCCGCAACGUCCACUGCAUGGAGGAGGCCCUCAAGCUGGCCAACGAGUUCGCCCGACUAAAACUGGGCGAGAACUAAGAUGCAGACACCCCGAAAACAGCAAGCCACCACGCACACGACAGGAACAAGCGGCAUCAGGAGCAGCACGGGGUG